AUGUUGGAUCAGAGAAUGCUGGCCAGUACAUAUUCACAGCAACAAAUCUUGCAGGAAAAUUUAAAUAGAAUUGUGAACUUGACCGUGGUUGCUGGAGAUGAAGAAAAUGAUACUGAAGAUCUUCAAACACAAGCUGCUCGCUCUCUCAUCAUAGAACACAAGGCUAUACCAAUAGAGACACUAGAAAAAUACGUAGAGAUGCACCACUCUUCAGAUAAUGAGCCUUUUGUCUUCUUAUAUACAGGAUACAAUAUGAAGUCAAAGUAUAUUGCUACUCAAGGACCUUCUUCGAACUGUGGAGACUUUUGGCGAAUGAUAUGGAAGGAAAAAAUGUCGUGUUAUUGUCAUGCUUACAAACAAAGUGGAGGAAAUCGAGUUAAAUGUGAAGAAUACUGGCCCUCAAAGGAACAAAACCUUGUAGAGGCAUGGCCAGAUCAUGGUGUGCCAGACCAUGGUAGUCCCAUGAUUAUGUUUUCAUCAAAAGUGAUGGAGUAUCAUGAAAGUUGUGGUGGUCCCAUCACAAUACACUGCAGUGCUGGCGUUGGAAGGACUGGUACAUUCAUUGCUCUGGACAUUGGUCUUCAGCAAGCAAACAAAGAGAGACAAGUGGAUUUUGUGAGUAUCAUUAACAAAAUGAGAGAACAAAGAAUGAAAAUGAUCCAAACGAAGUAA